ACAGAACAACUCCAUUUUUGAGAAACACUCUCCACAGUAAACCAGGCCAUUCUUUCGACGCCAACAAAACAUAAAAUGCAGUCUCUUUACGUUUCAUUUUUGCUCAAUAUCGGGCUUACCGCGAUGGCGUUCAAAUUGGUCAACAAGGUGAAAUCAACCAAACAUCCUCACGGAUUUGGAACGGCAAAACAUGCUGUGAUUAUUGGAGUCGAUGGAAUGGGUGGAAUAUAUUUAAGAAAUUAUACCAGCCAUCUUCCAGCAAUUCAAUCGUUCUUUGACCACGGCGCUUCUACCACCGAGAGUAGAAAUCUUUUGCCAGCUAAAAGUGCUCCUAAUUGGGCAGGCUAUUUAACCAGCAUGACUGUACCACAAAGCGGUGUGUUUAGCAAGUUAUGGGUAAUGGAUGAUAGCGACACUUCGAAGAUGAAAACGCAUCACCCCCCGGGAUCAAGCAGAGGACCGCGACCACAAACUAUAUUUAGUGUUCUGAAGAAGCAGAAAGCAUCUGCAAAGACGUCAUUAUAUUUCACGAUGUCCUGGCUCGUUGAAAUUGCAAAGAAAAAUCAGGAUAUUGAUUACUGGUUCUGGGGUCACGAGGGAAUCUCUUGUGGAGACAAUGAGACGGAGACACAUUGCGAAAACCGACAAGACUGGAAUGUUCAACAGAGAGCUAUUGAAGGAAUCGAGAGAGAUCAACCAACAUUAACCUUCAUUCAACUUGAGAGCGUUGAUGCUGCUGGUCAUACUUCACACUGGGCCAGUAAAUCGUUUUAUGACAUGCUGAAAGACACAGACAAAAAAAUCGCCGGACUUUUGGAAGCUCUGGAGAAAACAAACACUUCCUCUGGGAAAUCAAUGCUUAGCGAGACUAUCGUUGCUGUUAUUGCAGAUCAUGGUGGGUAUGGAAAUGACCAUGGUGUCAGGGCACCCUCAAUUCCUGAGAUUUACGUGCCAAUACUCUUUAGAGGUCCUGGGAUUAGGAAGAUCAAUUUGGACAAAUAUGAGCUUGAUCGACGUUAUAUAUCCACUCUGGACGCGCCCGUAACAAUUUUAAAUGCCUUGGGCGUCAAACCAGGCACAUAUAUGAGAGGGAGAGUUUUAGAAGAAAUUUACGAGGAUUAGUCUGAGAAAAGAUUGAAAAGGUUUUUAUAGUCAUAGAUAGCUUUCAAGGGGUUUUCAGUUCAAAAAAACGUGUUCCAAUUUCAAAAAAGCCACCAUCUUUAUCGUAAUUUUGGAUUAUACUACGUGGCGUUAGUAAAGGUGUUAAAAUUGAUUCACAGACAAGAUUAGUUUUUUAAAAACAACUUUAAUAAAAUAGAAUUUAUACAUUUGCGUGAGA